GAAGGGAAAGGAGCAAAGGCAAUAGAGAAGCAAGGCAACCUCAGCAAAGAAGCCCAGCUCAACAUCGGCCAUGGCCAUGCGAGUGCAGAAGAUGGGGUGUGCUUGGGGCAGACUUUGCCUGCUGCUGUCCCUCCUCCUCCAGCUGCCAGGCUCCCAGGCUAAAUGCUACUUCCAGGCUAAAGCUCCCUGUGAGUAUGAGGGGAAGCAGUUCUCCCUCGGCGAGUCAUGGCUGAGCACCAACUGCCUGCUCUGCACCUGCCUGCACCCCAUCGGCGUGGGGUGCUGUGAGACCACCCAGCACCCCAUCGACUUCCCUGACUGGUGUGAGGCCCACUACGACUCGCAGACCUGCCAGAUCUCGGUGGUGCAGAAGGCCAACCCCAGCCUGCCCUGCGUGAAGAGCAUGGAGCACGAGUGGGGCUCAGCUGGCACCCCUGAGCCACUGAGCAACAAGGUGCUGAGUGCGGGGCUAAGCAGAUAGAGGCUCAGCAACACCCUGUGCCCCCCUCCCCUGGCAUCAUCCUCCCUUCUCCAGAGCAAACCUCCUGCAUGCUCCAGACCUGCCCCAUCCCAUAGAGACGUCACUGCUGCCACCUUCAAGGGAAACCACUAUCCACACACUAUGGUUCUGAGUUAACAUUUACACCCUAGCGCUGCCAUGGUACGGCUUUGCUUCCACCUUCAGCUUCCUGAACUGGACUGGGGCGCCCUCCCCGUGAGAUGUCCUCUGCACCGUGGGAAGGUGAAUCCUAUGGGAUCUCCUCCCAGGUGGGCAGGAAACCUCAGCUACUAAAGAAAGGGUACAGGACCAAAUUAGCCUGCAUCGCAGUCUUUUACUCCUGCAUCCAGCCACAAGCUAAGGAGCUCCCUCCU